CUAGUGCAGCUUGCCAAUAUGUCGGUAGAGGUACAGGCUCCAAUCCUUCACUUUUAGUAUGGAAGUAUAGUAAACGUAAUCCCGACGUUCAAGGUGCUGAAUUUAAUAAACGCGAUGCUGAUCCACAAACCGGAGGCAAUAGUGGUAUCUUUCCUAGCAGGAAGCGUGACGCUAAUGCUCAAACCGGAGGAAAUAGUGGUAUCUUUCCUAGCAGGAAGCGUGACGCUAAUGCUCAAACUGGAGGCAAUAGUGGUAUCUUUCCUAGCAGGAAGCGUGACGCUAAUGCUCAAACUGGAGGAAAUAGUGGUAUCUUUCCUAGCAGGAAGCGUGACGCUAAUGCUCAAACUGGAGGAAAUAGUG